GCAUAGCGACGCCCGGCCUGCCAUGUCAACAGCGCGCGGCGCUCCGGGCGGAGGCGUUUAAAAACAAACGGAAGCCAGCGGCGCGCGGCCAGGCUUACUGAUUUUAUUUAACAAGAACUCAAAAUUAUGCAGAAAACACCCAAGAGGAACAAACAGUCAUUUGCUUAUGAGGAACCAACAAUUCUUCCUCCUGACAAGAAAAAGAGAGAAAGUCAAGAUGACUUUGUAGCACUUUUACCUCCAGAAGUCUGCUUUCAAAUCUUCAGUGAGCUUGACAUUCAGAGCCUGUGUAAUGCAGCGAUGGCAUGCAAGAGCUGGAAUCAUGCUAUUGAGAAUAAUGACUGUUUGUGGAGAAAUCACUGUUUAACUGUAAGAACUGUCUGUCAACGAGAGAUUGAUUAUGAUCGACAAAAUGGAUAUUCGUGGAAGAUCACAUUACUGAGAAACUACUGGAAAAGCAAAGUGAAGCAGGAAUGGCUGAGCGGAAAAUACAGUAACAUUCGUUCACGAAGCAGCUUGCCAGAGAACAGCAUGUAUCCAAUGGAUGUCGACACCUGGGGAGAAAUCCUGGAAGCAGAACUAGAGAGAUGAGAAACCAGUAUAAGGUUCUUAAGUUGCAAGAACCAGCAUCAACAACUCACACAUAACAGACUGCCAAACUGUAAAUGUUUUGCCCUUUAAAUUUGUUGUAUUUGCAAACAUAUGAUGAAAGCUUCUCAGAGAAAAGAUACAUUUACAUGACUUUUUUUUACUUGCACUUUAUCAGAUUGACUUUUUGUAAAAUUCUACAUAAAAUAUUAUAAUUUUAUAUUGUAAAUUUAAUGAUCUGUCUUGUUAAACAGAUGUUUAUGUGGAUUGUACUUUCAAUUUGCACUUUUUUGAGAAGACAACUUUUUAAAAACUG